CAAGGCCUUUUAUGUGCUGCCGGUCAUGCCGUCGACGCUGCAGGUGCACCCACCAGGCGACCUCGGCCCGUCCUCUCUCUGUGCGGCCGGCUCUCUGGUCCUCGUCGUCGCUGCCACCUCUGCGGCGCUCGGGCUUCGGCUUGAGGGCAAGAUAGCGGUGUCUGCGCUGCGGACGGUGUGCCAGCUGCUCGCGCUGGGAUCGCUGCUCUACCCAAUCUUCUCCUACAACCGACCGUUUGUCGUCAUUCCUUACAUUGCGUUGAUGGUCUGUUUUGCCGCCCGAGAGGCGGCCGCCAAGCCGCAGCACACAUACAGUCAGAUGGCCGCUCACUUCGGCUUCGCUCUCGCCCUGGCGCUGACCACCUCCUUCGCGCUGUGCGCCGGCCUCAUCCUACGGCCGACGCCGUGGUGGGACGCGCAGAUCAUGAUCCCUGUCAGCGGCAUGCUGCUCGGCAACGCCAUCUCCGCCCUGUCCCUCGGCGUAGACCGGUUCGUCGGUCUGCUGUGCGGCGGCGAGGGCGGGCAAGUGAGGUGCCUCCUCGCGUGCGGCGCUUCGAGGGUCGAGGCGGCGCUGCCCGCAGCGCAGGGCGGCCUGAUGACGGGCCUCACUCCCACCCUCAACCAGAUGAGUGUCAUCGGCCUCGUCUCGAUCCCCGGCAUGAUGACCGGGACGGUGCUCGGGGGCACGCCGCCGCUCGUCGCCGCAAAGUACCAGAUGAUGAUCAUGUUUGUCAUCCUGUUCACCUCCUCGGCCGCACUCGCCACCUCGAUCGCCCUCGCAGCCUCCUCGCUCCUCGACGCUCGCGCCUUUCUCCACCCGCACAGGGCCCAGCGGAGAGCCGGCAGGAAGCACGCGGACAUUCUCGUGGCGGCCGCGGCCGCAGUUGCGGGCUGCUUCCGCGAGGCGCCCCUCGCGGCAGGGGCAGAGGCGGCGCUCCUCUCCCUCUCGGAUGGCUUCGUCGAGGCCGGCUCGGGGACGCCCCUGGUGCGGAUGGCCUCGCUCACGGACUGGGCCUCCCUCUCUGGCGGCGAGAGCCAGCGCGUCUACCUGGCGAUGAUGGUGGCGCUGCGGCCGCAGGUCCUUCUCCUCGACGAGGUGACGAGUGCGUGCGACGGCGAGGCGACCGCGCUUGUGGAGGCGCUGGUGGCGCAGGCCGCGGUCGGGGCGGUCUGGAUCACGCAUGACACGGCGCAGGCGUCACGGGUGGCCACCCGCAUUGUGGAGUUCCAAUUAGUGGCUUGCGAUGCUCUAUGCUGACCGCGCCCACGGCUCUACUACGGUUCAUCCUCGUCGAACUACCGUUCGCGCUGAAUCGCGCCCUCCUCUCUAGUGCUACCUUGUAAACGGACACCGCGCCCAGUAGCAGCCGACGCGGCCCAGUAGUGCAGCCGACGCCACACCACGCGAGCGUGUCAUACGAACCUUAUUAGCGCCGUGGUGCCGUCGUUGCCUUGCGGCGUGCGUCCAUGGAUAGUAGCAGUUCUCGUUCUAUCAGUAGCGUGUACCU